UUGACAGCUGACAGCAGUAGCAGCAGCAUCAGCAGCAACAGCAGCAGCACAGCGAGCACAAUCAUCACGAAGCAAGUUUCCGGAAUUGGUCUGUGUGGCGAUGAAAUUUACAACAUGAAAAAGUUCCUUUCACCCAACGGAGCAUGUACCCGGGUGCUGUGCAGUGUGCGACAAGAUAGCUUGCUUCAAAUGGUGUUGUAAUAACUGGCCUUCUGCUGGUCUGGUGAUGUAAAUGGUUGUCGUGGGAAUCCGCAUACGUCACACCAUAAGCGACGGCCUAGCAUCCGGUAGUAGCGAUAAAAGUGUAAUAUCGCCGCCAUAUGUGAACAGAGCCUUGGCGCGCUACGCAGUACAGCGGAUAACGGAGGUGCGACCACAGGAGGACUACUGACUGCCAGUAGCUCGGUGCGAUUUAAAUCAUAACCUCACAAGGGACGCUGAUCCCAGGGACGCGAAUGGAAUUCGCCGAGCUCAUAUUGACGCCGAAGCUGGAUGGCGUGCUGCUGUACGAUCAGUUAAGCGAUCGGCCUAUCGACGGGACGCUUUGCAUUACCGGACAUCAUUUAAUCCUGAGCACGAGAAAGGAAGGGGCUCAAGAGCUAUGGCUGCUGCACCAAAACAUCGACCUUGUCGAGCGCAAGCCCAACAUCGUCAACAACAUCCUCGAGGGCGGUACCAUCAUACUGAAAUGCAAAGAUUUGCGCAUCAUUGCAUUGAAAAUUGCGUCCCCGCAGGAGUACUUUAACAUUUCCAACUCGAUCGAGCAGCUGUCCAAUCUGGAGGAAACGCGUAUGCUCUAUCCGUUCUUCUACAUCCCGAUGUACAACAUCCUCGAGGACGGGUACUCGCUGUACCGGCCCGAGCAAGAGUUUGGCAAACUGCUAGCGAACGGGGACGAGUGGCGACUGACGACGGUCAACAGCUCGUACCAGGUCUGCCCAACGUACGGCGCUCGGCUCGUGGUGGCUCGCUCAAUCACCGACGAACAGAUCAUCCAGUCGGCCGCGUUUCGCGAUGGUGGCCGGUUUCCGGUGCUUUCCUACCGGCAUGCAAACGGUGCGGUCAUGUUGCGCAGUGCGCAACCGCUCGCUGCACCGGGCGUAACGAAGCGUUGCCGGGCGGACGAAGCCAUCCUGAAUGCGGUGCUGGGCCGGAGCAAGAAGGGCUUCAUCUUCGAUACGUGGGCCAAGGGCAAGAGCAGCACGACGGAAACGGAUCAGCAUUACUCGCAGUGGAAAAAGGUGACACGGCCGAUUGGACAGUUCAGCUCCGUGUCGGCGCUGUUAGAUAGUUUUAUCAAAUUGAUGGAAGCCUGCAACGAUGUGCAGUGCAGCUCGGACAAAUGGUUAACGCGGCUGGAACUGUCCGGCUGGCUCGGGUUUGUGCUGAACGCGCUGAAUGCUGCCUGCGUCGUGGCCCAGUGUCUCGAUCAGGAGGGCAGCCCCGUGUUGGUGCACGGUGGCAAAGGGCUCGAUACGACACUCGUCGUAACAUCGCUGGUGCAAAUUAUACUUAAUCCCGACAGCCGUACGAUCAGAGGACUGCAGGCGCUUAUCGAUCGCGAGUGGCUACAGGGCGGUUAUCCGUUUUCCACCCGGCACAAACAUUCCUGCUACACACCGACAAAUCAGCGGCGCAAAAGUUCCAGCGCCACUUUCCUUCUGUUUCUCGACUGCGUGUACCAGCUAUACGCUCAGUUCCCCUGUAGCUUCGAAUACGACCAUCGGCUGCUGGUAACCAUGUUCGAGCACAGCUACUUCAGCCAGUACGGCACGUUUUUGGGCGAUUGCGAACGGGACCGGGUACAGCUGAAGGUGACGACCCGUACAACCAGCCUGUGGUCGCACCUGAACCGGCCGGAGGUUGUCAAGUCAUUGCUGAACCCACUGUACGAACCGAACCCGGCCGUCAUAUGGCCCUCGGUGGCGCCGAUCAGUAUUGUGCUGUGGUCGGAGCUGUACACUCGCUGGUCGAUCGAUCAGUCCCAGCUGAAGAUCAAUUUUGGCCACAUUCAGGCGCUGGUCAGUCGGGAGAAGGACUUGCGCAGCAGGGUGAUCAAAUUGCGCCGCCAGCUGGCGGACCUGCAGCGCGAGUAUCAGAUAGUGCGGAGUGAGAAAAAUGGCAACGACAGUGAAGAGCUGCACCACCACCACCACCGACACGCCGAAAUGGACGAUCCCGGUGAUGAUGGCGACGAGGAAAGUGUAUCGUCCGAUGCACUUGGUUCUAAAGUUCGUAGCAGAUGACGCCGAGCUGGUCCCACCAAAUAUUCAGCAUAACUUUCGUGCUAUGGAUGUUCGGCCGAGCGAGCUGAUGAUUUUUUGCGCUUAAGAUUGCUGAACAAAAUACACUUCCCGCCUCCCGUCACGAUUCUGUGCAGGAACCCCUUUCUGUUGCGCCUCUGGACCAGCACAAUUCACACAUGACGAUUCUGCGUUCAAUGUCCCGCGGCUUCAACUCGCGUGGUAUCCAUGUGCCCUCCAUCUGUAUCGUGCCUAACGCGUUCAGCCGUGAUGAUAGGGCCUGACGAAUUACAGUUUCUUCCUGUAAAGCCGUCAAUUGUUUGUCGUCGAACGUUCACGUUGAGCAUCCUCCACGGCGAAAUCACCGCGUCGAAAGCGUCGAAACCAAUCCCGACACCUUGUUUCGCUUAGAGCAGCAUCGCCGUAAGCACACGAAAGCUCUCGCAGAGCUUCGGCUGCCGUUUUCUUCGCUCGAAACAAAAACAGCAACACCUCCCGCAUACUCGCACGAAAUAAUCACUAACCACAAAGUUUGAUUAUGUCGAACUUGAUUUAUGAAGUGUGUAAACGUCAAAAUCGCGCCACAGCCCAUAGUGGCCCCAUCGCUUUCAAAACCGCCGUUAUUUAUUUGCGGACCUAAUAAUUUUAAUACAGCA